AUGUGGAGGCUGCAGCGGUGCAUAGUGCACGCCCGCGACGGAGGGGGGGUGGCGUGGGCGGGGAGCGGAGCGGGGGUGGGCAGGGGCAGGGGGGCUUGUCGAGCGACCGGCCAAGGGGGACGCCGCGCUAGCUCAUUCGCCUCGCGACCGCCGAACGACGGCGGUGUCGGUGCGAAGCUAUAUUUAAAUGAUAGCGCUAAAGCGGGCCAGAUCCUCGCUCGGACGCCCGCCGACAUGAGACUAAGUCGGGGCCUAGUUUGCGAGUGCGCCGGUGCCAGCGCGUGCCCCGACGGCUCGGCGAACGGCACGUGCGUCACGCAGCCGGGCGGCUACUGCUUCGCGACCGUCGAGGAGGUGCUCGACGAUGGCGGCCGCCUCGACCUGGAGCGCACCGCGGGCUGUCUGCCGCCCGACGAGUCGGGCUUCAUGCAGUGCAAAAGCUCACAAGUGCCACACCAGCACCCGAAGGUGAUCGAGUGCUGCUCGGAGGCGGACAUGUGCAACAGGCGGCUGCGGCCCCAGCUGCCGGAGCCGCCGCCCGACGUGACGGAGGCGCCCGACCUGCGCCCCCCCACGCCCGCCAGCCCCACCCUGCUCGUGGCGAUCGCCCUCUGCGUCGCCCUGAUCGCCUUCAUCGCCGCCUUCCUCCUGCUGUUCCGCAGGAGGCGGCGCGGCUGCAAGAGGCCGCCCUCCCCGCCGACGGUCUCGCACCACACGGAAAUAUCCUCCGGCUCCGGCUCCGGCCUGCCGCUCCUCGUGCAGCGGACGGUCGCCAAACAGAUCCAAAUGGUCGAGUCGAUCGGCAAGGGCCGCUACGGCGAGGUGUGGCUCGCCAGGUGGCGCGGCGAGAAGGUCGCCGUCAAAGUGUUCUUCACCACCGAGGAGGCGUCGUGGUUCCGCGAGACGGAGAUCUACCAGACGGUGCUGAUGCGCCACGAGAACAUACUGGGCUUCAUCGCGGCCGACAUCAAGGGCACCGGCUCGUGGACGCAGAUGCUGCUCAUCACCGACUACCACGAGAACGGCUCGCUGCACGACUACCUGCAGACGGUGGUGCUGGACACGCGCUCGCUGCUCACGAUGGCCUACUCGAUAGUGAGCGGGCUCGCGCACCUGCACAUGGACAUAUUCGGCACCAAGGGCAAGCCGGCGAUCGCGCACCGCGACAUCAAGAGCAAGAACAUCCUGGUGAAGAGGAACGGCCAGUGCGCCAUCGCCGACUUCGGGCUGGCGGUGCGCCACGUGGCCGAGCGCAACGAGGUGGACAUCGCGCCGAACACGCGCGUCGGCACGCGCCGCUACAUGCCGCCCGAGGUGCUCGCCGAGCGGCUCGACGUGGCCAACUUCGAGGCGUUCAAGCGCGCCGACAUGUACUCGCUGGGGCUGGUGCUGUGGGAGAUGUGCCGCCGCUGCGCCAGCGGGCCCAAGGCGCAGCGCGUGGAGCCCUACGCGCUGCCCUACCACGAGCACGUGCCGGCGGACCCCUCGUUCGAGGACAUGCACGCGGCGGUGGUGGGCCGGGGGCUGCGGCCCGCCAUCCCGCCGCGCUGGCUGGCCUGCGAGCCGCUGGCGGCGCUGGCGGCCGCCAUGGCCGAGUGCUGGCACGCCAACCCGCCCGUGCGGCUCACGGCGCUGCGCGUCAAGAAGACGCUGGCCCGGUUCCGCGCGGAGCCGGCGGCCAAGCUGCUC